AACCUCGGCCUAAUUCACCAAUCGAUAGUGAAAUGGAAGACAAUCCAACAAACAAUAUUCGGCCAUAUCAGUUUGAGCCCGAAUGGCCGGCUGAUGAACACGAAGAAGCUCACCAGUUUGAGGAUAACGAAGAACAGGGAAUUGUGUAUAUUGACGAUGAAUCUCGGCGCGACAAUCUUGAAUGGUGUCAAUGUGGUAACUGCCAAAUAAUGGAUAAUAACGAGGAAUGUUUAUGCUGCAAAGAGAUUUCCAAUAUUUGUGACAAAAAUUUAGAGGCAGUAGAAACGAAUGAGACCACCGAAGUCCCUUUGUGCAUUACACAACAUCCUGGUUUUGAGCCUGUUUGUCUUAACAGGUGGGUUUUACAAACAGCUUGGUACCAGUACAAGCAGCAAUAUGAGGUAGCAUAUGAUGGGCCAGAGGACAAACUGUACCGCCAUAUUGCAUAUAGACAGUUGGCAAGAUGGUGCUGGGGUGUCUUGGGUAGAGAAGUGAGAGUCAUCUUGCCAUCAUGUGCAGUUACUGCAUUAGAGAAACAUUUCCUCCACCUGGCCUUGCAGAGGAAUUUCAAUUUGAAGGUAUAUACCCAUUAUUACUUUGUAUGUCAAUAUUAA